AUUCGGAUCAGCGCAGCAGUGGCGGUCGCGUUCCAUUAGUUCCAAUUAAGUCGUUUCGCGCCCCUGCGGAGGUGCAGUACGCAGCGUGUUUGUCGCGGCAACAGCACCAGUUCGGCAGUCUACAGCAGUCGGCACACGAACAUGGCCAACGAGAAAUCACUUAAAGAGUCCCUGCUGGCGGCUUCGCCAUUCCUGAUCAAAGUCGUGGAAAUCAUAUUGGGCUUAACGAGCAUCUGUUUAAUCAUCAGCCCAUACUCGUCGAGGCUGCACACCAGCACUGGUAGAGCGGGUUUCGUGUACUCGGCCCUUUCCGGCGCCGUCCUGGUCGAUCUACUCAUUGUGGUCAGCCAUUUCUUACAACAAAAGAUACCGAAAAAGCCGGUAAGUCCUAACAUCCUCACCACUCAUCACAUUGGAUAUCAAAAGGAUAACGAAUUAUCAAUAAGAAAGUGGGAUAAUAUUGAUGUAAUUUAA